AUGUUAAAUAUGUAGUUAACCAUCGGGAACGUGUUUAUGAUGUAAAUCUUAAUUAUAUGGACUUGAUUAUUAAAAGUGUACCUUAAUUCUAACUAAAAUUAAAAAUGAGAGUUGAACGGUGUUAUUUUUGUUCAUCUCCGUUAUAUCCUGGUCACGGUAUACAAUUUAUACGAAAUGACUGUAAAGUAUUUCGAUUUUGCCGUUCUAAAUGCCGUAAAAUGUUCAACCGUAAGAAAAAUCCCAGGAAAUUAAAAUGGACAAAGGCAUUCCGAAAAGCUGCUGGGAAAGAACUUAUUAAUGACCCAGCAUUUGAAUUUGAAAAGAGGCGUAAUGUACCUGUACAAUAUAAUCGAGAAUUAUGGCGAGAAACAAUGAAAACAAUGAAACAUGUUAGCCAGAUUAAAGAAAGAAGAGAAGCUUGUUUCAUCAAACAAAGGUUGAAAAAGGGAAAGGUGCUAGCUAAAGAAGAAGAUCUAAAAGAAGUACAAAGAGAUAUGUCUCUUAUCAGAUCUGUUUGCGCACCAACACAGUUGAAGAUAAAACAAGAAGAAACAAACAGAGUUGUAGCAAGAGAAGAUCAAGUAGAAAAACCUAUGGAACAGGAAGUGGCCUAACUCUUGCUGUUUCCUACAGCAGUUUCAUCAGUUUUUAUAAUUCAUCCACAUGGUAUCUAAAAAUAAAAAGCAUCUUUUUUCAAAAUAUUUAAUGAAAUUUUUAUCAUUUAAUAUAUAAAAAAGUGUAAUUACGCAGUGUACAUGUUCAGUUUCCUGAAACUGUCUCUAGGUAAACAGUUAUAACACUAUAACAAUGAUAUGCAUUGGAUGUUGUAUGCUAUAAAAAAUAAAACUGUUUUAAACUGUGA